GUUUCCGGUCAUGUCCAACACCCAAGAUGCUUGCUCGCCCCUCAACCAGGACCUCAGGUUGCCCGAAGUGCACCAUCUGAGCCCCCGAGCCGCGGACUCGCCCACCCUGCAGGGGUCUGCGGACUGGCAGAGCCCCACCUCAGAGUGGAAGUCCGCCAGCUUGUCUGAUGAUGAGGUCGAGCAUACAAGCAGAAGCGAUGAAGGCAACUCCCCCAUGAACGGCAACAUUAGUGCUCGCAGUACUGGCGAUCUCAACGUUACCGUCACCACUUAUGAAUAUAACAAGCUCUUCCGAUCAGCAUCUAUGGAUCAGGGAGUCAAUUGGUCAGCAGCAGUGGGCGAGCCAGAUACUAGAAGGUCUGGCAUGCACAGGUAUACCACAUUCUCAGUUCGGAUAACUGAUUCCUCUGGCCGAGUUACCUCCGCGACCCGUAAGAGGUUCACCGACUUCACUGUGUUGAGGCGUGAGCUCGUUAAAGCGUAUCCUGGGGCGUUCGUGCCUCCCCUGACCUGUAAAAGCCAGAUCAAGGUGAUGAUGAAGACGGCUCCCACGGCGAUGAUGCAACACAUGAAACCAGUCGAUAAUGUGACUGAGAUCAGGCGCCAAGCUCUCGAAGAGUUCCUCAGCAGGUGUUGCUCUCGCCCUUUCAUCAUGUACUCCCCGAUGAUGGCAGCCUUCUUGGCUACUCCUGAGAGUACCUAUGAUGCUUUGAAAAGGGAUUUCUCGAACCGUCCACCGGAGGAAGUUCUGGAUGAAUAUAAGAUAGCGUUCGCGGCGAAGUCAAUUCCAACAUUCAAUAGACGUCAGGUGGCGUCGAACGGUCCUAACGAUGAGGUUGAGAGGCUCGCCAAAGACGACUCGAGUGAUGGCGAGUCCCAUGAGAACUCAGUUGAAGGCGCGAAUGAUGCGGCUUCCGAUAGCGCUGUGAAUGUCACGGAGAUGGUAGCAACGUCCAAGACCUAUCUCAGCGACCAUUGUAAAGUUCUGAAUCAGCUGCUCACGAUGCUCCGAACAGCAGCUUCUAAUUACAAGACUGGCAACGCUGCCUUGAGCACAAUUCAUUACAAAUUUUCUGAUUGCAAGACCAUUGAUGAGCAGGGCUCAGGCCAAGCUCUGGCCCUUGCACAGGGUCUGCCUGGUUCUCCGCAGAGGCUUGAUUUGUCCGAUGCUUUUUUUGAAGUCAAAAACAUCAUCAGCGCCCCAGCUGAUGCCGCACAUUUCGACUUGUUGGCCUCAGUGCUCAGUCGAGAGCUUACAGACUGUGCGGCUAUGAAGGCCUCACUCGAGAAGGUUGUCGAGCUCGGUAAGCAUCGAGACAAGGCCAUCGCUAAGCUGCGGUCGGCUCGGAAACACGGUGGCCCUGGUGGUAUAGGCGGCAUCAUUCGAGGCACUACUAGAGACCAGUUGAAGCGUGCCGAGACCAAUCGGGUUUUAUACGCUGAUUUUUAUUGGACUGCUGGCUAUAAUGCCGUCAUGAAUGAGGUACCGGUGUUUAUGGAAGGCCGCGCCCGGGUCUUCAACGAGGUUGCUAGAGAGUUCGUCUCACGUUCUGAGGCGACAAACAAGAGCCUUUCUAUGACCUGGGCCAGCAAGGUUAAGAAGACCACUCUGUAGAUGAUAUUUUGGGGAUCGUGGUGCUGAU